AUGGCGCGCGACGGCGCGGGCGACGGCGCGUCGCGCGCGAGCGCGCGCGCGUACGUGUUCGAUCUCGACGGCACGCUGUACGCGAUCGCGAACGGGUACGAGGCGGCGUGUCGACGACGCGUGUACGAAUUCAUGGCGACGCGGUGCGCGGGCGUCGACGACGUCGCGGAGGCGCGCGUCGUGUGGGAAAAAUGGUUCAAGAGGUAUAAUCAAACGCUGCGAGCGCUGCGACACGGCGCGGGGUACGAGUUCGACGCGGCGGAGUAUUGGCGAUUCACGCGCGGCGACGCGCGCGAGCACCUCGCGCCGAGCGCGGACGUGCGCGCGUUCGUCGAAUCGUUACCGGGCGGGCGAGAGAAUAAGUACGUGUUCACGAAUUGCAACGAGACGCAGGCGCUGGAGGCGCUGGAGGCGCUCGGGUUGCGAGACUGUUUCGCGGACCGCGUCUUCGGCGCGGGAGGCAUGGGAGAGUGCUGCAAACCCGAACGCGAGGCGUUUGAAAAGUUCUUCGCGUUUUGCGGCGUCGACGUCGCGGACGCGUCGGAGUGCGUGUUUUUCGAGGACUCGCUCAAAAACUUGCGCGCGGCGAAGGAGAUUUUCGGGAUGACGACCGUGCUCGUCGCCGGCGAGACGUUUUACGAGGAGACGCGCGACGCGAAGACCGACGUCGCGGACGCGGCGCCGUCUUAUGUCGAUCUCGUGCCGUCUUACGUCGAUCUCGUCGUUCACGGCGGCGAAUUGACCGAGCGCGCCGUUUCUCGCGCGCUGCGCGACGUUCCGAGCGCCGCGCGCUGUCGCGUCGCGCUCGGUCUGGACGCCUGA